CUCUCUCUCUCUCUCUUUCUCCCUCCCCCCCCCUGCCUUUCCUUCCCCCUCUCCCGACGCACACCCCACGCAUACCCUUCAUGCCGGGCGGAGUGUCCCAUGUCUGGGCAGCACUCGACCAAGCGCCUCGAGAGGGAUGACAGCGUCUCGCAACCUCACCCGCAUGCGGCCGCCGAGGUGAAACGCCCUCGACUGGCCUCACCGAGUGGGGACUUCCACUCGACAUUCUCCCAUGCCGGCCCCGGCCGGGAAGAGCCCCCCAGAACCGGGGCCACAUCCAGCCCGGUAGGGGCUCCCUCCUCGGCGCCACGGUCGCUGGUUUCCUCGCCCUUGCUGUCGGAAAUGGCCGGCCCCGGUCCCGACCACUUGUCGAUGCAGUCCCAGCCCUUUGCUGGCCCCGUGCCCUUCCACCAAGGCCAGGACCCGGCGCCCAAGGGGGGCUCAUACAUUUCCGUCGACCCGACAUCAGACACCCGGGGCGACCAAUUCCAUGUGCCACACCAGCAACAGCAAUCACAGCCGCCAUCAUCAUCGGCCUCGGCCUCGGUGCACCACCCCCCUCUUCACGGGAUGCACUUCCACCCCGGCCACCAUCACUCCCAUCAGCAGCAGCAGCAGCAGCAGCCGCAGCAGCAGCCGCAGCAGCAACCACCGCCGUCGCCACAUGCCCCCCAUCCUCGACAGCAUCACCACCACCCCCACCACCACCACCACCACCACGCACACCACGGUCCACACCACCACCCUCCUCACUCCCACCACCAUGGGCCACACCAUGGGGCGCACUAUCGCCCGGGCUCGCUCCACGGCUCGCACCAUGGCCCGCACCAUGCAUCCCCGUCGGGUCCCGAGGCGAUGCUCCCCCCGGCCGAGUCCCCCGGCGGUGGGGCCUUGCAUGCCAAUCCCGGCGGGUACUCCCCCUACGUCGAUGCUUCGGGGUUCUCGCCUCAGCAGGGACAGCAUCUCCCAGGCCCAGGGCUGGGAUCCUUCUCCGGGGUCCCGGGUGCUGGAGGUGGCGGCGGGGCUGGCAGUGGCGGCGGCGGCGGCGGCGGCGGCACCGGCGGAGGGGGCUACACUCCGGGGUUCAGCCCCGGCGAUGCGCACUCUGGCCACUCCCUCGGGCCAGGGGCGGGUUUCCCGACGGCGGCCCCUGCCGCCAGUCCCCUGGGCCCGACGCCCCCUCCGCCGCCGCCGCCGCCCCUGCCGCCGGCGUCCCUGCUGGCCGCCCCUGGCUCUCCCCACAGUCGGCCCUUCUACCACUUGCCUUUGGAAACCGCGCGGCAGAAUCUCCGCCCGGUUCAGCUCGAUCCGCGGCACCCGUAUUACCAGCCUCCCUCGCCGGCGCCAGCAGUGACUCCCCCCCCGGCGCCGCCCCUCCCGCCACCCUCGCUGAUGGCCGCCCCUUCGGACCAUGAUCGGGUCUUCUACCAUCUACCAUUGGCGGCUGCGCGGCAAAACCUCCGCCCGGUGCAGCUCCAUCCCCAGCAUCCGUACUACCAGUCUCCGACGCCGAUGUCCCCCUCGCCGCAGCCGCAAAUGUCCCCCUCGCCGCAGCCGCAGUAUCACCAUUACCCGCCGGGCCUGCCGUCGUCCAUGGCGCACAUGGUCCAUCAGCCACCUCCAAUGGCCUCCAUGUCGGCCAUGCAGGGCUACCACCAUCAAUCCCCGGCCAUGCCACCUCCUCCGUCGCAUCACCCCCCCCAAAUGAUGCCCUCGCAGCCUCCGCAACAAGUCCUCCACCAUCCUCCCCAGUCACAGUACCACCAUCAGGCACAGGUGCCACCCCCGCACCAGCCGGCCCAGCCCCCCCAGCAGGCCAUAUAUCCGCCUCACUAUGGGCACCGUAUGCCGCCGCCGCCGCCGGGACUGCCGGGCCUGCCUGCCGGGCAUCACUCGCAUGCGCACCCGCCGCUGCCUCUACGGCAUCCGCCAUCCAGCGGCCAUCCCUUUCAGCCAGCCUCGACUCGAGCAUUCCCAUCCGCUCCGGAGCCAACCCAGCCGCCCUCCCAGCCGGUGUUGAUCUACUCGCAACAGCAGCAGCAGCAGCAGCAGCAGCAGCCACCAUCAGGCCAUGUGUACCACGCACAGCCGCAGCCGCAGCCGCAGCCGCAGCCGCAGCCGCAGCCACAACAACACCUGGCCAUGUAUUCGCAACAGCAUCGGCACCAUGGGCCGACGGCCACCAUGUCCCUGGAACCCGGGGGCCGGUACUCCGAUGAGCUGACGGAGUCGUCUCCGCCCACGGCGGCGGCUGCGGCGGCGGCUGCCCUGCUUCGCCUGCCAGCCAACAAGCACACCCCUCGACGUCGGCGCCCGGCCCACCAUGACGAGGAGGAUCUGGGGAUCGAGGAUGACGACGACGAGGUCGACACCUAUGAGGAUCUGCUGCAUGAUGACUCGGAUGUGGAUCCGGCCACGAGCGCCACCUCUGCUGCUGCUGCCCUGGCUCUGACUCCCCUUUUCCCCCAGGAGCGCCUGUACCCCAUCAACAACAUCAACCGCAUCAUGCGUCGGGUUCUCCCGAGCACGGUGCGCAUCUCGCUCGAGACCCGGGCCUUUGUCCAGGAGUGUGCCUCCGAGCUGGCUGCCUUUGUGGCCAGUGAGGCGGCCGACCGGGCACGCGCUGAUCGCCGCCGUACCAUGUCAGCCGAUGAUGCUCUCUGGGCCUUGACCAGUCUCGGCUUGGACUUCUAUGACAAGGCGGGCGAACUCUUCCUCCGACGCCUGCGUGAGUCUGACCGCGACUCUUGAAAGCAUGUGUCUCUGUCUUUCCUUCUUCUUUUUUUCCUUCUCUUCCUCUGUCUCUCUCUCUCUCUUUCGGCUCCCUUCCCUUCCGCCCAGGCCUAGCCUAGGUCCCGCUCCUACUUAUAGACUUUUCUCCCGGCUGGUCAUCCAUGGGUUCCUGUUGCACGGGAGCUCGCCUUUGGAUGACCCCAUGGGCAACUUCAAGGAGCGGCGGAAGGAGGGCCAGAGCUUCGCUCAUUGCUUUCCCUUUCUCCCUCCUCUUUUCCCCCUCCUCCAUCCGACACGACCCGCUCUUGGAUCAUCGCUGGUCGAUGUUUUGAGUGGCGUCAAUCUGCCUGAUGCAGGUGCUUUUGUAAAUGUAUAUUUAUUUAUCGACA